UCUCGCGUAAUAGUACUUUUCGGGUCGAAUUUCAGACCUUCGGCUUCGUUUUAGAAGGUUCUUAAUUUCUAUAGGUUCUGGUUUAGGUGGUUUCCCGAUUAAAAUAGGCAUGCCUUUAGAAUUAUAGAAGUUUGUUAGUUAGAGCGAUUAUAACCAUUUUCUGACGGUGGUCCAGGCAUUUUGUGCAUGAAAAUCUAACAAAGCAACACGAAUAGGGAGAUUUUCAACAUGUCUCUUCGCACGUUUUGUACACACUCAAUACGGUUUUCUAAACGAUCCAUUAGCGGUAUUUCACUUCGACUAAUAUCUCAAAGUCACAAGAGCAUCAUUGAAAAGGAAAGUAGUAUUUCUUGCGAACCAAAAGACGUUUUAUUUGACACUUCAAUUUCCUACCCACAAAUAAUGUCCCGACUUCGUAAGCAAGCGCAACACAGCAUAUUGCUACAACUUGACGUUUCUGAACGUGAUAAUGCUAACCUAUUGCUAAAAGAAGUCAAAACAUUUUGCUCCCAUGUUGGAGAUGUGCAGUACAUUGCACCUUACUAUAUAAAAGUUAAAAAUGGUAGGUUAUGCUCUUACUUAGUAGAGUUUAAAGACCUGAACUCAAUUCACAAACUAUCACUACUCAGUGAUGACGGCAAGCUUCGCACACGAAUUGCCAAGUUAAAACCAAAUGAGCUAAAGCUGUCACAUGCAAAUGAUUCCUCCAAACCACCCACUGAGAAGGUUUUAGCUCACACUCACAGUGAAUUUGUACAAAGUAUGAUGAGAGCUAGCAGCAUCUCGGAGCAAACAAAUCUGUUUUAUACGUACUGCUCUGCAACAAAUAAAAAUCUAAGAGCAAAAUUUUUCUUGAGCUCUGUUGUUGAGGACUUUUUCAACUAUAAAAUCGAGUCUAAUUUAACCGCUGUCCCAUUUGGCAGCAGCAUGGCAGGUUUUUCAACACCCAGCUCAGACUUGGAUGUGUCUAUAACCAACAUAGAAACAGUCCCAUCAAAAUUGAUUAAAGGCAGACACGUGGCUAAAAACAUCCACCAUUUGAGUACCACUGGAGCAGAACAAUACAAAGACAUACUCAGGUCUACAGCAUUUGGUUUGUUCUGUGAUGUAGUGGAAGACUUACAUUUGAGUUUGCCAGGUGUAACCAGAACAACACCAAUUGACGCAUCCGUUCCAAUCCUUACAUUUAACUUUUCACCACUAUCUAUUAACAUGGACAUCUCCCUACACAAUGUUUAUGGUAUAAAGAUGUCAUGGUGCUUGAAUGCUUUUUCCAGGUAUGAUUCACGGGUUGCACCUUUUCUUUACCUUGUUAAAGUUUGGGGAAAACAAGUUGGAAUAACCAGACACGGAGACAAAGACUAUAAAGGUCUCACACCAUUUAUGCUUGUAUCUCUUGCAUUAUUUUACCUAAUGCGUGUAAAUAAACCAGUCAUACCAACAUUGCAUGAAACCACAAAGAUAAAGACUUCUGAAGCUACGUUGAUCGCUGGGUUCCAGGCAAAUCUUAUAAAACAUGUGUCGGACCUUCCCCCUUCUCAAAACACUAGCUCUGUUGAAGAACUCUUCAUGAGCUUCCUUGAGUAUUACACACGUUUUGAUUUCAAGCAUUACGGCAUUUCUCUGAGCUCAGGUAUAGUAACUCCCGUCUCAUCACAGGUUGUGAUACUUUAUCCAUUCUCCAAAGACAACGUCGCCAAGAUGUGUACCCUUCAAGCUGUAGAACAAUUCAAAAACGAAGCACAAAGAGCUGUUUUGAAACUCGAAAGUUACAAACGCAAUAAGAGGAAUAAUAAACCUUGGGGAAUUUUGUCAAUUGUGGAUGUCACAAAAGAGUUGUCACUUUUGAAUUGACAUUGUCGUAAAAUAAAAAAAUCCGAACGUUUUAUACGAUAUAUUAAUUUGGCACUUAAUUUCGUCACUACGUUUAACAAUAACCUAAUUGAAUUGUACACAUUUUUAGACCUUCAUCUGUACUGGGAACCCCAAGCCCUAUCUGUAUUUUUCCUCCUAAAUUACCAUGUGCAUGUAAAAUGUUAAACACUACAGUCUUAACAGGAAAAACAUGUUAUAAAAGUAAAAUGUAAACAGUCUAAAAGUUGGUUUUGCUUGCUGCUGUACAAACAUGAAUUCCAUGGUAUGGAAUGCAGUUAGACAAACAAGAAAUAUUCUAAACCAGAACAAUCAAUCUUUAUCAACUGGGCAACAUUUCUUUGCCAAAAAAG